AUGUCCGCCAAAACACUCCUGCACAAACAGUACCGCACGCUCGCCGAGCUGUGGCCCACGGACCCGCUGCGCCCCAACCUGUCCCUGCAGACGCUUCUCCAGCAGCGCAUCGCGCGCCAGUUCGUCCAGGCGGUUGAAGGCGACGAGGCCAUUCCCACACAGAACCACUCGGGCCCUGCUACGACGGGGAGUGGGAGUGCGGGGGAGGGGCGGCCCGUGGUCAAGUUUGAUGAGGGUAGGGCGGCGAGGGAGAUCAAUGCGUUGGGGAGCUUGUUGGAGGAUCGGUAUCGGAAGAAGUAUCCGGUGUCGGAUAGGAUCUUGAAGCCGAGGGGGAAUCCGGAGUAUUAUGACAACCUGAUAAAGGAGCUUGAACAGGCGCCGGGAAGGUCGUGGUGGGAGACGAAGUUGAAUGCCUGGAAGGGGUAUGUCAGGAUGAAGUAG